CUUACAAAGUCUAUACUUUUUUAUCACCGAGAAGUGUUGUUGGGAACAGUAAUGGAGGUGCCGGCCAUUGCGAAUCUGGCGGUCCUAGCCCUUCUGAUAACCGCAGCUGCUUCUGCAACUACUCAAUACACUAACCAUACCGUCGGAGGCGACUCUGGAUGGUUCUUCAAUUCCACCAACAAGUCCCCGUCCACCGACUACACAAAGUGGGCCGCUUCUCAGACCUUUAACCUCGGCGAUUAUCUCAUUUUCAACACGAAUGGAAAUCAGACGGUGAUCCAGACGUAUAACCAGACGGUCUACCACAACUGUGACUUCAAAGAUGCAGCAGAUGGAGAUGCGUUUCAGUACGGUGGGGGGAAUACGUCGGCGAAUUCGUUGACGGUGCCGGUGCCGUUGACUCAGGAGGGAUCCAACUUCUAUUUCUCCGAUGCAUACGAUGGCGUGGAUUGCCAUAAAGGAAUGGCAUUCGAGAUCACAGUGGAGCACGGGCUAGGACUACCUCCUAGUCUCAACCAGCCCCCACCACCGCCUUACGUGGCGCCUCCGUCCCCCGAUGCUCAGUCUCCGUCUUCUUCAACUUCGACCCCAACCAACCAGCAAGAGAACUUCUACAAUGGCGGCUUCAGCUUCUCCAGCUCUCCGGUUCUCCUCAUCCUCGCCCUUUUAUCUGCGUUUGCCCUAGUUUGAUUGACUUUGGUGGAAGGAGACAGACCGUG